AUGCCGAUUAUCAGGCCUGCUACGAUUGCCCCCGAGGCCCCUCAACAACACAAACAGCCAUCCCGAAAGGGCAAGAAGGCAUGGCGGAAGAAUGUGGAUGUGACUGAGAUUCAAGACGGCCUCGAGAUGGUGCGAGAUGAGAUCAUCAAAGGUGGUGUCCUUGCCGAAAAAGAUUCGGCUGAACUCUUCACCCUCGAUACGGCUGGAGAUGCAUCUAUACAAAGGAAGCUCUUGAAGGGCUCGAGGGUCCUCAAGGCCGACGAGAUUAUUGCUCAACGAUCCGCCGUUCCCGCUGUGUCGAUGCGUAAACGACCUGGAGAGGGGACUACAGAUGGAAUUAUCCAAGCCAAGCGCCAAAGAACCAGUUACGUCUCGCACAAAGAGCUUAUACGCCUCCGCAAAAUUGCGGACGGCCAUCAAGAGCAGUCCGUGGUUCAAGUCACAGAAGCUACCUACGACCCGUGGGAUCUCCAAAGGGAUGUAAAGGAAGCCGAGCAAGAUCCUCGAUUCUCUUUCCUUGAGAAAUCCAAGAAGAAGACGGCCCCAUCAACGAUCAAGGAGAAGUCGAUUUCUCUAGCCGCCAGUGGAAGGGAGAUUCCUGCCGUCCAGAGACCCGAAGGUGGCUACAGCUACAACCCGUUGUUUGCUGAUUAUGAAGAACGCCUUAUUUCAGAAGGGCAGAAGGAACUUGCUGCGGAGAAAAAGCGUCUUAUGGCGACAGAGGAAGAGCGUGUGAAGCUUGAGGCCUCUGCUAAGUCUGCAGCUGAGGCAGAAGCCGCUGAGGCCCGAGCUGACUUGUCUGAAUGGGAGGAAGAUUCGGCUUGGGAAGGAUGUGAAAGCGGAGGCGAAAACGUAAAGCUGUCUGCUAAGCGACCCGAGAGGAAAACGCAAGCACAAAGGAAUAAGAUCAAGCGCAGAAAGGAAGAGCAGCAAAAGGCCAAAAUGGCUGCAAACAUCAAGAUGAGGAACGACCAGGUGGCACAUAUCAAGAAGCUUGCAAAAGAGUUGUCCGAGAAGGAACAGGCUCGCUCGAUAGCUUUGGCUUUGGCGACGAACGAUGAUAGUGGUAGUGAGGCCGAUGAUCUAGACCUUCGGAGGCGGAAGUUAGGUAGGAUUGCUCUGCCCGAGAAGGAUUUGGAGCUGGUUCUACCCGAUGAGCUACAGGAGUCUCUCCGGCUCCUGAAGCCGGAAGGGAACCUGUUGAAGGAUAGAUACAGGAACUUGCUCGUCAGGGGUAAGGUUGAGAGCCGGAGACCUAUCAGCUUUGCAAAGCAGGCGAAGAGGAAGGCUACGGAGAAGUGGACGCAUAAGGAUUUUAUGUUGCAUUAG